AUUAUAUAGGUUAUCAAAUUAAAUUAGUGAGUGGAUUGAGAAUUUCGUGGUAGGAUGGACACAGCAUAUUAUCUAGUAUGGAGUCAUCAACAGAUGUAGAAGCAGCUUCAGGUGCGGACAAGAUCUCGGUGUACAGAGGCAAGUGAGUUUGCACCACCGUCUCCUGAAAAAUUGUGGGAAUGGAGAGAAUGGCCAGCUGAAGGGAUGCAUGAACGGCCUGUCUACCAAGAUUCACAGGACAGAAAACAUCUCCAGGAGGUUGCUCAUCAUGCUCUCCAUGCUGUGUUGGCUUUCUGUGUCAUGGUAUGUAACCAGAAAACAACCUUUGAGAGUGCAUAUUCAUCUAACAAGUGUUUAAAAAACUUUAUUUCUUCAAAAAAAUAUUCUGAGGUUUGUGGAAGUAAGUGCAAGCAUGAUAACUGUUCCACUAAUGAUCUGAUUUUGGGAAAAGAAGUAUUAUCUCCAUGUUACACAAAGCCAUCGACAGGAUUUUUUCAGUUAGAAGAGCAGGUACAUGUUAGCUCUCAUGAAACAGGUAUCUCAAAACUCCUCAGUACUGAAGAAAAUACGAAGGUUAACAAUGAAGUCAGACGUGUCAGGGACCAAAAAGUUCAUUAUGGAAAAGAAGUGGAAAAUAUUUUAAAUAGUAGUAACAGCAGCACUGUUUCUGGGGACAGUGGUGACCUAAUCAUCGCAGAAAAUGAAGAUGAAAAUGAACAAGAAAGCAUUACACCUGUACUUCAUACAGAAAAAUCGUCAGAUUAUAAAGACAGGAUUCUAACAGUAAAAUCGAAUGAUCAUUUAACAUCAGUAAUUAAACAAGAGUUCAUUUCUCAAGCAUCUUGUAUGGACCUUCAAGAGGGACAUCAAGAUAAACCAGGAGUAUUGAGGGACCAACUUUGUAAAUGGAAAAUGUCUGUUCCAGGUGCCACCAAAUCAGAGUUACAUUUUCUGAGACAAGACAUGAAGAAUUUAUUCACAGAAGAACUGCCCAAAACUAUGAAUGAUAAUGUGACAUUGGAAGAUUUACAGGACCUUAUUAAUUACACAGCAUUGUUGUAUUGUUUAGUGUGUUCUGUGCCACAAAGUGCACUUGCACAUUACAUAAAUUCUUUGACUCCUUCCAGUAUUCUGGAAUGGCUGUCUGAAGUUUCACAAAACAUGCAUAUAGAAUGAUUAUCUAUUUUUGCUUAUCUCUAUCAUACUCAUUUCAACAUACUAUUCCCUUUUUUAGAACAUUAUUAUUGUGUUGUAACAACUUUGUUUCACACAUUUAAAAGCUUGAUUGCAUCAUAGAAGGAAAUUUGUGCUGACUGUUGGUAAUAUGUGACAUGAUAUUUGUGGAAAUCAUAAAAUGUCAAACCUGUCUGAAAUUUUAUGUCAAUGUUGUUCUUAAUAAUCUUUUUACCAAAUUAUACUCGGAGCACAUGCCUGAAGAUGGUAUUUUUUGCAAGAAUGCUGGAUGCUUGAUUAUUGUAUAAAUGUAUUGAGCUAAGCUUUACGUUUAUUCAUUUGUCUUACUAAAUAACUAUUGA